UUUAUUUCCAACAUGGCGAUGACCAAAGCUCGUCACCGUGUCUAUGCCAUGGCCUUUAGCCAGAUGCUUGUUUGCCUCCUGCUUCUGUCCGACCUUGUUGCAAGUGUCAGCAGAGACAACUUUAAAACUUGUGACCAAAGCAGCUUCUGCAAACGACAUCGAAGACUGCAGCCGGGUGCCAGCCCCUAUGUUGUUCUUAUGGAAUCAGUGAAAAUCCAGUCAUCCGGAAUGGAAGUGCAGAUAUUGAACACAAAAAACAAUGUGAGGCUGCUGAUGCAGGUUACUGCUAUAAAAGAUAACACAGCAAGACUCAAGAUAAAUGAGCUUAAUCCAUUGCGGAAGCGCUAUGAGAUCCCAGUUGGUGAUGCUUUAGUUGGAGAACCCAAAACUCAAGACUUGAAGGUAUUGGAGCGCUCAGACUCAAGCAUCAGUCUUGGAUUUGAGGAGAACAAAAUACUGAUCACGAGCCGUCCAUUCCGUGUGGACUUCAUCAAUAAAGAAGAGCCUGUAGUCAGCAUCAAUGCUCAGGGACUGCUCAAGUUUGAACAUUUCAGGGAACAAAGCCCACCACAAAAGGGCUGGUUAGACGGGGUAACAUCUUGGUUUUCCCGUGGUUUCAGUGAGGGACAGGAGGAGCCACAGGAUGCCCCACCAGCCCCAGCAGAAGAACAAGCUGAUGAGAACAAAGUUGAGAUGGAAAUUCCUGAAGAUAAGGAGGAGGUGAAGAAGGAAGGAGAGGGGAAGCAGCAGGAGGAAGAUGACAACAAUGAGCCCGGAAUGUGGGAGGAGACUUUCAAGACCUUCCAUGACUCUAAACCAUAUGGGCCCUCAUCUGUGGGAGUUGAUGUUUCGUUCCCUGGGUAUGAGUAUGUCUAUGGUAUACCUGAACAUGCUGAGUCUAUGGCCCUCAAAACCACCAAGAGUGGAGACCCGUACCGGCUGUUCAACCUGGAUGUGUUUGAGUAUGAGCUGUACAACCCAAUGGCUCUCUACGGCUCUGUGCCCGUCAUGCUGGCUCACAAUGAGAAGAGGACUGUGGGAGUAUUCUGGCACAACGCAGCAGAGUCGUGGGUAGACAUCAGCUCAAACACUGCUGACAAGAACUUUCUGUCGAAGAUCGCGGAUAUCGUCGGUGGGGUCAGUAACGAGAUCCCGCAGACUGACACACAUUGGAUCUCAGAGAGCGGUGUUAUCGAUGUGUUUAUUAUGAUGGGGCCUUCCGCAUAUGACGUCUUCUACCAAUAUGCUCAGCUAACCGGAACCACAAAUCUCCCACCGAUGUUUGCUGUAUCCUACCACCAGUGUCGAUGGAACUAUAACGACCAGGAUGAUGUAAAAAAUGUGGAUGCCAACUUUGACACAUUCGACAUUCCCUAUGACGUUAUUUGGCUAGACAUCGAACACACAGAUGGUAAAAGAUACUUUACCUGGGAUGCCAGUAAAUUUCCUAACUCCAUUGAGAUGGUGAACAAUGUUGCGAGUAAGGGCCGUAAGAUGGUGACAAUCGUAGACCCUCACCUGAAGAGCGACGGCAACUACCGUGUGUACCAGGAGGCCAAGGACCAGGGACUGUAUGUGAAGAACAAGGAUGGCAACGACUAUGAUGGCUGGUGCUGGCCAGGUACUUCGAGCUGGCCAGACUUCUCCAACCCAGAGGUACGGAAGUGGUGGGCAAGCAAGUUCCUGUUUGAUGAUUACAAGGGCAGCACUGCGGACCUGUUCACCUGGAACGACAUGAAUGAGCCCUCUGUGUUCAAUGGACCGGAAAUAACCUUCCACAAGGAUGUGAAACACAUGGACGGCUUCGAGAACAGAGACCUGCACAAUUUGUAUGGCUACUAUGUGCAACAAGCGACAGCGGAGGGACAGUUGUUGAGAAGUAACAACCAGGAGCGGUUCUUUGUGCUCACCAGGGCAUUCUUCGCUGGUUCCCAGAGAUGGGGUGCGGUAUGGACAGGUGACAACAUGGGAGAGUGGUCCCAUCUCAAGGUGUCCAACCCUAUGUUACUAUCCCUCAGUCUUGUUGGCAUCACCCACUCCGGCGCUGACGUUGGUGGCUUCUUCAAGAAUCCUGACACAGAGCUCCUUACUCGCUGGUACCAGGCAGGAGCGUUCCAGCCAUUUUUCCGAGCCCACGCCCACCUGGACACAAAACGUCGAGAACCAUACCUACAGCCAGAGGAGAACAUGCAGAUUAUACGGGACGUGAUACGGGCCCGCUACUCCUACCUACCCCUGUGGUACACACUGUUCUACGAGGGGGAGCAGAGGGGGGCCCCGCCCAUGAGACCCCUGUGGGUGGAAUACCCCACAGACAAGGACACCUUUAACAUGGAUGAUGAAUACCUCAUUGGAACAUCACUAUUGGUAAAACCAAUCACUGAACCAGGACAAACUGGAACUCAAGUUUACUUCCCUGGAAAAGAUCAGGUGUGGUAUGAUAUUGCCAGCUACAAAAGUUACCAGGGUGGCCAGUCUACAUACAUUGAAGCCCCCCUUAGCAAGAUUCCAGUUUUUCAGAAAGGAGGCUCAAUAGUUCCGCGGAAAAUGAGAAUACGUCGGUCAUCAGCACUGAUGACACAUGAUCCAUUCACCCUGGUCGUGUGCCUGGAUAAGACUGGGUCAGCGACAGGCAGUUUAUAUGUAGAUGAUUACCAUUCUUUCAACUAUAGGAAGGGCGAAUAUUUACUGCGCUCUUUCUUAUUUCAACACAAUGAAUUCCAUAGCCAAUCUGGCGACCAGUUUGGCAGUUUCUCCACCAAGGAGUGGGUGGAGAAGAUUGUGAUAGUCGGGCUCUCUACACGCCCAACCAAAGCCACUCUCAAUGUUAAAGGAGUGGAAAGCAGUCUACAGCUAUCUUACAGCAGCGACAACAGCCAAGUCAUUAUACGAAAGCCAGGAGUUAACAUUGCCACAGAUUUUAGUAUUAGAUUGUCUUAGCUGUACACAAAAUUAUACCAUUCAUUUUCACUCAUAAAAAUCCUGAUGUUGUUUUUUACAAGAAGAAGAACUGCAUUAUUUAGUAACUACUUGCAUUCUAUUGUCGGUUUUCAGUUAGAUUUUAUGGUUCUGUUAGACAAUCCUGUUAUUCCAGUCUAUUUGAAUUUUUGUGGUGGUGUUAACAGUAGUUAUGUGUAUACGGAAGUGUUCAGUUGUCCAUAUUCAUAGAACAUCUUUAAAUAAUCUUAGUGAAAAAUUCAAUGAAAAAAUGUUUGUUUUGUUCUUAGUUGAAUUUAUAGAAGACUUUAACUCUUUUACACGAAAAAGAAGAAAAAUUAGCAAGAAAACGACCUGAAUAAAAAAAUACUUAUGAAUUAAUUUAAUGAAAAAUAGAGGGUUAUACAAUAUUUACUGUUUUAAAUUGAAAAUGUUCAGUAAUUUGAAAAUUUUGAUUAAGAAAGUUUUUUGAAUACCAGCCAAGGUAUGCUACAAAACACUGUUUUCACUAGAAAUGUGCUGGGAGUAUGGCCUCAUACAUAUGAAAUACCAUUUAGUUUAGUGUACUAUUAUUGUAUAUGCACAUUUGUAUUACAUGUUCAUAUUGCUCAAACAGCGUUUGGGCUCAACACUUCUAGAUUUGUACAAUUCCUCCAUUAUGCCUAUUUAUUGUGAUAUUGAAGUGUCUAUAAUGGUCAUGUUGUUGAGUAUGUAUCCUUGUCAUGAUCUAGAUAGAUACAUGAUGUCGUUCAUACUUAAGUUCUAGUUGAAAGAUACCAAAGUUGACUCAAACACUGUUAUUACUAGGUCAGUUAUUUAAGGAUUAAAUAUUUAAGUAUUUCUGUUCAUCGGUGUGUGAAAACAUUUGUCAGUUAGUGUUCAAACUUCACAAUAAUCAGUGCAUUGACCAGAUGUUUUCUCAAUGAUAAUCCAAUCAUAGCCGUGAAAAAGACUUCCAAGACAAUUGGAUGUAGAAGGGUUAGGGUUAGGUGAAAACUCCGCCAUUUGUACAGUGUUGGCUUGUUUCAUCGAGGUCACACUUUGUUUGACUGAACACAAGCAUUAUUUUUGUAUUAUUAGAGGUAUUCCAAUGUCAGUUCCUCAGAAUAUACGAAGGAAGCAUUAUUAGGGUAAAAAUAUUGUAGAUAAGAUGUUCAUAAUGUAUUGCCAAUAUUUAGCUUAGCUCAUACUCAGUAUGUAUAUAACCUUUUAUUAACCGGGUGCCAUCAUAUUAUAAACUUAUUCAACGGCUUUAAUUCUAAGUAAAUACCAGCACGUGGUCCAUUAAUCCAUCCUUUCUCUUCAAAUCCCUAGACAAACUUGAUUUACGCAAGGACAAUUAUUAAUAAAAACAUGGCUAUAUAGUGUUCUGUCACAUCAUUAAUUAUAAAAAUCAUUGUUUUAUAGUUUCUUUUUGGCAUUUUUGCAGAUAAUUGAUUGCUGCCACAAAAUGGGUUGGUUCAUAUGCAGAUGAUCAUGUAACAUAUGUGUAGAAGAUCAUGCAACUGAUGUGUAGAUGAUCAUGUAACUGAUGUGUAGAAGAUCAUGUUACUGAUGUGUAGCUGAUCAUGUUACUGUUGUGUAGAAGAUAAUGUAACAUAUGUGUAGAAGAUCAUGUAACUGAUGUGUAGAUGAUCAUGUAACUGUUGUGUAGAAGAUCAUGUAACUGAUGUGUAAAUGAUCAUGUAACUGAUGUGUACAUGAUCAUGUAACUGAUGUGUAGAAGAUCAUGUAACUGAUGUGUAAAUGAUCAUGUAACUGAUGUGUAGAUGAUCAUGUAACUGAUGUGUAGAAGAUCAUGUAACUGAUGUGUAGAAGAUCAUGUAACUGAUGUGUAGAAGAUAAUGUAACAUAUGUGUAGAAGAUCAUGUAACUGAUGUGUAGAAGAUCAUGUAACUGAUGUGUAGAAGAUCAUGUAACUGAUGUGUAGAAGAUCAUGUAAUUGAUGUGUAGAAGAUCACGUAACUGAUGUGUAGAAGAUCAUGUAACUGAUGUGUAGAAGAUCAUGUAACUGAUGUGUAGAAGAUCACGUAACUGAUGUGUAGAAGAUCAUUUAACAUAUGUAUAGAUGAUCAUGUAUCUUAUGUGUAGUGGAUAUUGUUACAUAUGCGCAGAUGAUCAUGUAACUGAUGUGUAGAUGAUCAUGUAACUAAUGUGUAGAUGAUCAUGUUACUGAUGUGUAGAUCAUGUCACUAUUUACAACUUAUGUUUAUUUCAAGUAGUAAAGUGUAUGGGUGUUGAUAUUGUAUUGGUUGUUUGAAUGAAGAUCUAUUUUACACAUAAAAAUGUGGUUAAAAAUGUGGUUAAAUGCUGAAAUAAGUGCUUAUAGAUUGGUAAUAUAUAUAAUAUAACAUUUGUUUCUCAAUGCAAUAGGAGUGCUAAGAAAAAUUUUGCGGAUUUCAGUACUACUGCGUAUGGAUGGUUAAUAAGUAGGACAGGUACCCUUAGUAUCAGUGUUAACAAAUCUCCAUUAUCAUUGUAAACAAAUGAGUCACUUGUCAUUGAUCCGUGAUUGAUGAGGUUAAAAUGGAGAUGCACAGGUCAUGGUUGUAUGAUUCAGUUUUCCAUUAAAAGUGCAACAUGAUGUUUGUUUUGUCAUUACAAUCAUCCAAAGAAUAAUUGUUGCAAGAUUACCUGUUUGCUGUUUCCACCGAUCAUAAUUGUUAUAAAUCCAUUUUACACUUUGUUCAGUUGAAGUUUUGAGAGCUGAUAUAACACGAGUUAUCUGUGCCAAUAUUUGUUUAUGCUCGGAAUUAUGUGACUGUAAACAGGGAUGUCUGGGAUCAGCAUGUGACUAUCACUGGGGGUAAAGGUUAGAGGAUGUGGUGAUGGAUGAGGAAAGUUCAAUUUUCCCAGUUAUAGUCACGAACACGAGGUACUAGUCACCAUCACUGGUGCUUCAUCAUAGUGUAGGGGCGAACACUGAUUUUGUAAUAACCUUUAAUAAUUAUCAUUGUUUUCUGUUAGAUCGUAGACAUUACAAAUUGAAGUGAAGAGAAGUUAAAGACAUACCGUUACCUUAAAUAUUAAUCUGUGAUGUUAACAUGCUGUUCCAAAGAGAUUCACACAUACUUCAUUGAAAUAACAUUCAGCUAAUGACCCACAUAUUCAAACAUCAUACUGCGUAAUGUUAUUAAGUUUGAUAUAAGAGUGACUAAUAAAAAGAAUUGUAUUGGAAGAAAAUAUCCCACUGUUAGUGUUUGCAUUUAGGACCCAUCCAUAAGCAUUGAUGUGUAAAUGUAUGGUCAUCUUUGAGAAUUUGUAAAAUAUUCUUGGUGAAGUCAUGUUCUAUAACAUCUUUUUGUGAUGUAUGUAUAUGUUUAGAUAAAUAAACAUAUCAAAAGAUA